UCAGUAAUACUUUCACUCGGUAUCAAUGUAAACAUUUUUUUUACAUUAGGUUAAUCUCUACAGCAAAAAGACAGGCAUUUCGUUUUUACAACACCUCGAUUGUGACAUUUUAUUUGAAAACAGACUUUUAUUUUGAGGCCAGGAACCGGAACCUUACUUUCACAUUCAGAGUUCCGGAGAUUGAUGCAGGUUGGUAACGUAUUGCUGGCUAACGAGAGACUACUGUUUUAGCGUUUCAUCUCCGUGAUUGCACUGGAGGAGACAAAGUAAGAAAAACACUAGAUGAACUCUCAGCACACUGGUCCAAUGAAGGUGUUGGUCACAGGGGGGUCCGGAUUGGUGGGGAGGGCCAUACAGCGUGUUAUAGAGGAUGAAGGAGGAGCUAAAAAAGGAGAGGAGUGGAUAUUUCUGUCCUCCAAAGAUGCAAACCUCAUGAACAAAGAGGAGACGCGGGCAGUUUUUGAAAAACAUCGGCCCACCCACGUCAUUCACCUGGCUGCUAUGGUGGGAGGACUUUUCAAGAACAUGAAGCAUAACCUAGACUUCUGGAGAAACAACGUCUACAUCAACGAUAACGUGCUGCAGGCGGCGCACGAGGUUGGGACAGUCAAGGUCGUUUCCUGUCUAUCCACCUGCAUUUUCCCCGAUAAAACCACAUAUCCCAUCGACGAGACCAUGAUCCACAAUGGCCCGCCUCACGAGUCCAACUUUGGCUACGCCUACGCUAAAAGGAUGAUUGAUGUUCAAAACAGGGCUUAUUUCCAGCAGCAUGGCCACAGCUACACGGCCGUGAUUCCCACAAAUGUGUUUGGUCCCCACGACAACUUCAGCAUCGAGGAUGGGCAUGUGCUGCCGGGGCUCAUUCAUAAAGCGUACAUCGCUCAAAAGGAGGGGAAGCCCCUGACGGUCUGGGGUUCAGGCUCUCCUAGAAGGCAGUUCAUUUACUCUUUGGACUUGGCUCGUCUCUUUCUCUGGGUUCUGAGGGAAUAUCCGGAGGUCGACCCGAUCAUUCUCUCUGUCGGGGAAGAAGACGAGGUCUCCAUUAAAGAAGCCGCCGAUGCAGUUGUUGAAUCUUUGGGCUUUAAAGGAGAAGUAGUGUAUGACACCAGCAAAGCUGACGGCCAGUUCAAGAAGACAGCCAGUAAUGCAAAGUUACGUCGCUACCUGCCGGACUUCAAAUUCACACCCUUCAAGCAAGCUUUAAAAGAAACGUGCGACUGGUUUGUCGCCAAUUACGACGCUGCACGCAAGUGAAGCGGUCGGCGAGCCGGUUGGCACCACAUCCGUCUUUCCAUUGACCGUUUCUCUAAGAAGCCGGUUGGGUCGGCAGUGCAGGAAAUCGGGUCAUGUGCAGGAAGUAGUGAGUCAAU